GGCUGUGCAACUACUCAUGUCUGGUUGUUUACAAUCUCCGGUUAAACAUGGCUGUUAACAAACUCACUCAUGCCAAGUAGAACUUGAUAACUCUGGCAUUUUUAAGAUUUACGAGUCGUUAUCAGCAGAACAAACUUCCGCGGAGAAAGAGGUUUAUUCCUCGUGUUUACUCUGUCACUUUUUAGUUUUGAUCUCGUCUAUCGUUGACUUGUUAGCCGCUGAAGCUAGGUAGCGAGCUAACUUCUCCAUAGGGAACAAUGACAGCGACUAGCAGCGGCUGCCUCACCGCGAAAGGACUGGACAUAAGUCUGGCCGCCUUGCAACGACAAGACCCAUACAUUAAUAACAUUGUGGACGUGGCCAGCCAAGUUGCCCUGUAUACUUAUAACAACCGGGCGAAUGAGUGGGAGAAGACCGAGGUGGAAGGCACCCUUUUUAUCUACACAAGACUUGCAUCUCCCAAGCAUGGGUUCACCAUCAUGAACAGACUCAGUAUGGAGAACCUGACAGAGCCAAUCACCAAAGACCUGGACUUCCAGCUGCAGCACCCCUUCCUGCUCUACCGCAAUGCCCGAUUGGUUAUCCAUGGGAUUUGGUUUUACGAUAAAGAGGACUGUCAGCGCGUUGCCUUGAAGAUGAAGUUUCUGACCCAGCAGGAGCAGACCCUGGCUCACUCUCAGGGUGGAUGGUUGUCCCCAGGAGGAGGGGUUGCAGAAGUUGGAAGAGUGAGUGAAGGGAAGGGAGUGGACAUCAUCAAGAUGUUGACAAACGCACGCACAGAAUUUGACAAGGGGCAGUCCACUUCAGAGCCAAAGGAGAUAGGUGGCAGCAGUGUGCUUUGUGGAAACCCAAACCUGAUCAAACCAAUCCCUGUUAAACCCCACACUCAGGAUACAGAGAGUGCUGAACCCAAGCCUCUCUCUCUUGCCACUCUUUUUGGCACCCAGCAGCCCAACCAGCCCAAACCUCACCCAGUCUCUCCUUUAGCGCCCCAUGGGGUCGUGACAGGGUCGCCAUCAACAGGAAAAGUCACUCGCCCGCCUGUAGCCCGCACACUCACGUAUGAGGGGACGCUGAAGUCUGGCAGAGUUGUCCCCUCAAAGGAAGGGAAUGUGGUCAUGCAUGGGGGUCCAGAUAGAGGUCUCGUGGCUGUGAUUGGGGGACAAACAGUCGGGAUAGAUGGUGGGAAUGUUGUCGUACACCAGCAGCAGGAGCAGCCUCAGCACUGCCCAGCCAUCCAGAAGCUCAUGCAGGGGCAGAGAGGAGUGGUGCUUCAGACCGUGCCCGAGUCCCCUGAAAACAGGCUAUGUGACAACGGGAUGCCUCUGGAGCAUCACCACCACCAUCACCAUAUGAUCCAACAUCAUCAGCAGCUCCUUCAUCAUCAGCAGCUCCAACAUCAUCAGCAGCUCCAACAUCAUCAGCAGCUCCAACAUCCUCAUCAUCCUCAGCAGCAGCAGCUUCAAUCAGACCCUAUCAAGAGACUUUUCCAAACUCAACCACCUCCCCCUCCCUCCUCCACCGCCUUCACGUCUGCUGCUCCACAGCCCCCUUGCACCCACCCUCUGCCUCCUCUGCAGCAGAUCCCUCAUCUCUCUUCCCAGCCUGUGAUGAUGGACUCUGUAGCAUGGUCCCACCUUCAAGGGCAACAAAUCCAGCAGCAUUUUGCCAGCUUGAAUAAAUCUCAAGCAGAGGCGCAGCACAACAGCCAGUCAGCUUCAAUCGGACAGGGAGCAGGUUUACUGCCAUCUCAGGUGACCAAUGACCAAGUCCCUCAACUUCCUCAAGCUCUGUUCUCACAGAUGCCCGGUGUCGUAUCGCCACAUGAACUCCUACAAAAACUCCAGCUGGUCCAACAAGAGCAACACAUGGCCUCCCAUAACCCCCCUCGACCUGGUCCGGGACUAGCCCCUCGGUUUCUGGGUCCCACUCAGGGUCACACCUCUGCUGCUGUUGUAGCCCCGGUUCAAAAUCCGAGCACAGUCACUGCAGCGCAAAAAGCUGCACUGCAGUUUCAGGUCAUCUCCCCUCAGCGGAUACCAGCCACUGUGGCCCCCGACCUGCUCCUCUCUCCCAGCGUGUUCACUCAGGCAAAGUCAGGCAGUGUGUCGUCAGCAGAUGCCCCCUUGACCCCGUCGAGACCCUCACUUCAGGGGGACGCCAGAGUUCUGUCCAAAAGCCAGCUUCAAGCCUCGCUUCUGCACCUGAUCCAAACUGACAGCUCAUUCCUGGACACCAUCUACGAAGCCUACGUCAGCCGCUGUGCUAACGACUCCAGCGCCAAGUACUGAUGACUCUUCACACCCUCUGCCUGUACCUACACCCUGUUUAAAGCAGGCUUCUUCUUACACUUAACAUGGGUCCUGCUCUGACUAUCAGAUAUAUCUAAAUGUAUCUCCUCUGCACUAUCACCUCGCUUCAUUCAUAUCAAGACUCUGGAUGCAACAAAAACACACUUUCCAAAAUGUUGACAUGAACUUGCUUCUGUUAAAAACACAACUCAGCUUUGUGACUCUUGUUGGAAAAAAAGCAAAGAACCACACAUUAUUGGCACAGAUGUGGCAUAACCGUACUGUCUGGACCUCACUUGUAGUUCAAAGGAAAUGUAGCCUGUACACACGUUCACUCUCAGUGAAGACCAAUAUGCAGCAACCUUGCACUUCCAAGGUAUUUGAGGUCAGCACUCUGCAGCUUUCUUUUCAUCAAGUGUAGCAGAAAUAGAUUUUAUUAUGUUGACUCCUGAAGUCUGAUUUAGUGGUGUGAUACUAGUUAGCCUCCUGGCUUUUACUAAAGGAGUCUUCCUUGGCUAACAACCAGCGCUGAGACUUGAAACUUAACUCAUAAAAUGAAGCGUUAAACAUGUUAAACAUGUUUUUUCUGUAUAUUUGGAAAUUAAGAAUGUUUUGAUGUUAUUAGAAUUUAAUUUAUGAGUUCACAAUUCUUUUAAACUCAGUUCUCACACAUUUUCUCUGUGGAGAAAUGUUUUAGUAAGUAUGUUUACCACCCAAAUUAUUUUAGACUUUUAUCAAAUGGACACCUCAUAUUUUCUUUUCCUAGCCCUUCAUAGUUCUACCAGUGCUUUGCUAGUAGAAUUCUUCAUCCUGUCAUGUGCACCAUCAUCACAGUGAAGACUUAGAAUGACAUGGUAUCAAUGAAACUUGAAGGAAAAGAAAAGAACAGGAAGUACUUACUCUGCUCUACCUCACAGAGAGCUCAGUCUGAGGUGUACCUCUUUUUUUAGAUGAACAGAUUGAAAUGAUAGAUGAAGCAGUCAGAAGUUCAGUUUGUGCUUUCAUCAUGACAUAUCACACAAAAGACUUCUUCCUGCCAGAGCCAUAACUCUUAAGCCCUGACUUUUCAUGUUGUGAUUUCAGAAUAUGAAACAGUUGAAUGAUACUAAGUUUAGUAAAGUAAACGACUCCUUAGUUAAACAGAGAUCAAGGUAAUAUAAGCAUCAAAGGGUGUAUAGAUGUGUAUCUAAUAUGACUUGUUUGGAGUUUACAGGCCUGUUAAGCCAAUAUAAUAGAAGAUAUAUUUCCAAAUACUCCUGCACUGUGUGUAUCAGAAGAUUUCCACUUGUUUCAAGUGAAGUCAGACAAGAAAAAAUGUUGCACUGAAUUGGCGCCAAUGGUUGUAGCUUUGGUUUAGCUUCUUUGCUAAACUCAGACUUCACAACAGCUCUCAAAGAAUACAGAAAUACAGAAAACAGCAGCAGCAAAAAAAAAAAAAAAAGAGGAUUCAUAUAACAGAG